AUGAAGAGGAAUAUUUAUAUUAAAUUAUUUCUUUUAGAUAUUCGGCGAAUUAAUGAAUUAAUUGACAAUUUAACUAAAACUGGUGAUUUCCCUAAUCUUUUACAACUUCAAAGAAAUUUGCAGUCACCUUUUUUUAAUUCAAUUAGAAAUGUUUAUGAAUAUAUCUAUCAACAAAAUAAUACAAAUUUUGAUGAGGAAGUAGCAUCACCAGAGAUUUUGGCGAGUGCUGCAGCGAAAUCAACAAUUGCUGUAUUUUCUGCUGCCGAGGGUGCUGCACAUCCACGUAUAAUUGAAUUGCCAAAAACAGAUCAAGGAUUAGGAUUUAAUGUUAUGGGAGGAAAAGAACAGAAUUCUCCCAUUUAUGUAUCUCAUGUAAUACCAGGUGGUGUGGCUGAUUUGCAUGGAGGAUUAAGACGUGGUGAUCAAUUAAUUUCUAUAAAUGGAGUGCUUGCAAUACGUUUUACACCAAAAUUAUUAGAUGAAAUUGAGAGACGUUUUGAAGAACAACGUCGACGGGCAGAGCAUCAACAUUCACCCUCAUUUGGCAGAUCUUUCCAUUGA